AUGGCCGAACUCCAGCGACGGCACCAAAACUCGCCCCUUUCGACGACAAAUAUCACGCCCGCCCUACCGCCCUCAUCAUCAUCGUCAUCUUCUUCUUCUUCUUCUCGAACAAUUACUCCUCCUGGGAAUGCCCGUCCACCUCAUCGCGUCUCUUCCUCUGGGACAGUACAAGUCGUUUCUCCCGUGGCGACUUCGGUCACGGCUGUAUCUCAGACUGAAAGUUCUGUUUGGUCGCCGGCCUCCAGACCAUCUCGUAUUUACGGUAUUAAUUCUGAGAUUGGUUCUUCGACAAGUAUUGCUGGGCAUAAUCAGUAUGGUCAAGGUCAGCAGCAGUGGCAGAAUCAGCCUUAUGUGAUGGAUUCAUCAACUGUUGAUUUGCCACGACAUGGACAGGACGAACGAGAUUGUUUGUUGGACUACACGACUAGGGGGGGAGAUGAAGUGAAGAUGCGAAGAGCUGUUCUUCAUACUGUGAUGCAUGGAGUUGUCUUGGCGCUGCAGAGCGGCGUUUCGUUGGGCGUGUUGACAUUUCUUGUAUGGAUGUCUUUGUGGAAAGACGAUGAAGGAGGUUUGAAUGGAAUUCCUGGUGGAAUGCUAAACAACGUGCCGUCUCUGGCAACAACGUUUGUCCUUAUCCUCUCAUCCAUUACACUUAUCGUUCAUGAGAUUUAUAUUCUUUCUUCGGUUGUGCUACUUUACCUCCAGGCGGCAAUUCUUGCACUGACUACCGUGUCCGCAACAGCCAUGUGGAUGAAUUGCGUAGGGGAAGACGAUGCAAUGGUGAAGUGUGUAUGGAUAAGCUGCAGUGUCUUCUUUUUGGGAACUUCUGGACUUGCAUUUCUGAGAGCAGUUGUCAUCUGGAAGGUUACGGGUUUGGAUGAAUCUGAAGGGCUUGGACAGAUAAGGGUUGAUGGGGAGAUACAGGGGGAGAAUUAUGCAACGUUUUAG